ACUAAUGAAACCUCCCACAAACCGACAUUUACACCCUUCCAUGGAAGCUGAAGUUAUAAUAACUGUCCUAUUAGGCAGUGUGGUGCUCAGUCCAUGUCAGUUCACAGGUCCCCCCUCCUCUGAUCGCCCCUGAUCCCCCUAUGGAAAUAUCAAUGAAGAGCGUUGGCUCUGUCCCUGCCAGAGUUUCUUCUAUGGAACAGGAGGAGUUGGAGAGGGAAGGUAUAAAGUUAAAGGAAGAUCUGAAGUUCUAUUUUAUGAGCCCAUGUGACAAGUACAGGGCUCGGCGCCAAAUACCCUGGAAACUCGCCUUGCAGGUUCUCAAAAUUGUUAUGGUAACAACACAGCUGGUUCUGUUUGGGUUGAGCAACCAACUAGUGGUUUCCUUCAAGGAAGAGAACACAAUGGCCUUCAAACACUUGUUUCUCAAAGGAUAUACUGGCAUAGAUGAAGAUGACUACAGCCUCACAGUUUACACUCAGGAAGAUUUCUACACCAGUAUGUUUUAUGUGGUUGAUCAGUACCGUCGCAUAGACAAUCUUUCACUUGGUACGGUCAGCUAUGACAAUAAUGAAAAGAGGAAAGGGCUGAAGAUCUGUAAGCAGCAUUAUCGCAAAGGGUCCAUACAUCCUUCCAAUGACACCUUCUAUAUAGACCCCACUGUGGAGACAGAAUGUCUACACAUAUCGCAGGAAAUGCUAAUGACCAACCACGCCUAUGACCUGCUGCGGGCCAAUUCGUCCUUCUUCAGCAUAGAGUUCUACAGACUUAUUAAAGUGGACAUCUCCUUCAGGCUGAAUGGCAUUGACCUUCAAACCAUACAGGUCCGUGAGCUGCCAGAUUGCUACAUGUUUCACAACAAGAUAACGUUUGAUAACCAGGCUCAUAGUGGAAAGGUGAAGAUCUUCUUUGACAGCGAUGCUACUAUUCAGGAAUGCAAGGACUGGCAUAUAUCUGGUUCCACUCAGAAGAACACUCACUACAUCCUGGUGUUCGAUGGUUUUGUUAUCCUGACCUGCUUGACAUCUCUUAUUCUGUGUACGCGUUCCAUUGUCCUGGCUAUAAAACUACAAAGAAGAUUUGUGCGUUUUUUCCUGCAUAAAUAUAACAGACGCGUAUGUUCAGCUGACCGGCUGGAAUUUAUCAAUGGCUGGUAUGUCAUGGUCAUCAUCAGCGAUCUGAUGACAAUCAUUGGAUCAGUAAUGAAGAUGGAGAUCAAAGCCAAGAACUUGACCUCCUAUGAUGUGUGCAGCCUGCUCCUCGGAUCGUCCACCUUGUUGGUUUGGGUUGGCGUUAUUCGGUAUCUGGGCUACUUCCAAAAAUAUAACGUUCUCAUAUUGACCAUGCAGGCGUCCUUACCCAAAGUCUUAAGAUUUUGCUGCUGUGCAGGAAUGAUCUACCUCGGGUACACCUUCUGUGGCUGGAUUGUGCUAGGACCAUACCAUGAGAAGUUUGAAGAUCUGAACACCGUAGCCGAGUGCCUCUUCUCGUUGCUCAAUGGUGAUGACAUGUUCGCCACGUUUGCACAGAUCCAGCAGAAGAGUACCUUUGUGUGGCUGUUUAGUAGACUGUACCUCUACUCCUUCAUCAGCCUGUUCAUCUACAUGAUUCUAAGCCUGUUCAUUGCACUCAUCACCGACUCCUAUGAAACCAUUAAGAAAUAUCAGCAGACUGGUUUCCCGUCAACAGACCUGCAUGAAUUUCUGCACAGUGGGGAUGGCAUAUUGGAAUAUGGGAAGGAGCCAGAGAAGAGACGAGCGCACACCUUUCCCUUUAAUUGCUGCUUUCCAAGACAACAUGAUGAAAACGACUUUAUGCUUAUAAACUGAUGAAGGAUCCAGUAUUGACAAUUAACUUAUUUUCACAAAGGACAUUACUGGGCUCUCUUAUAUUGCACCGGGUGGAACACUACAAUUGAAUGGAUUGGCAUGGUCUGUUGUGUUCUCAAUUGCCUUCUUAAGAAAGAAUGAAAUUUGUAAUUUAAUUUAUUUUCACAAUACGGUUGUGGUAGGUGGACUUGUCACUGAGUACUGCCGGGGACAUCUUCAGACAAUCGGUGCAUGAUGAUGAGUCUAUGUCCCCUCCAUUAUCUUCUGCAGUGGAGAGUAAAGAUUGGUGCCUGGGUACAGGAGUCCUCCCUGGCCAAGCUCUGAUGUCGGAGCUUACCCAGGUGGAUGAUGUCACUUCCUACUCGCAUGACCAUGUUGGAGCCUGACGAUGGGCUGCUCCAGCCCGAGCGCAGUCACAUUUCUCCAUGAAAGCCUGCUAUAAAAAACACUGAAAAACGUACUAUGUUGGCGCAAUGAAGUAUGGGCUGCAAUGGAGUGAGGAGAAGAUGAAGAAGCACUGUCAGGCUGGUAUACCUUUCUAGGGAGUUGGGCUGUCAAUAAACAGUGUCACUUUCCCUAAUUGUACAAAGUGACAGUGUCCCUUUACUAAUACAGAGUUUUAAAUGGUUGCUCUUGUUUUAUAAUCAAUGGGGUCCUUGGAAAGUGGAGCAAAAAAAAAAAAAAAUAGGUCUGCCUAAGCUACUGUUGGCUUUUGUUUUCCGAUCUGCACUGGAGAAUUAAAUCCUGGAUAUGUAUGCGACGCUCAACAUUGCCAUAUUGUCCUUUUUUGUAUUUUUUUCCUCUAACUUUUGUUAGUUAGUUGACCCCAGUGCCCUGUAUUCUUUUUCGUGUUUUCUGCACUGUUGUUUUUCUGCUGUUUACAGAGAAAUCUUUAUUUUUAUGACACUGAAUAAUUUAUAAAUGUGGUUUAUUUUCCUGAA